AUGGCUUCGGCUUCCGAUCGAGUCUAUUUUCCCUCGCUGGGCGCAUGCCUAAAGGGCGAGCAUACAUUGCUGUCAUGGAAAUUGGUCGCAUCAGCCCUUUCAGAUGCCUCUUCCGACCGCUUGACCAGCGCCGAGCUCGUUCGUUUCCUCAGGGAUCCCUAUGUACAACAGUGCUUCUCAGACCCUGCCGCCGUUUUCGGCAAACCCGAUGCCCAGACGAAGUCUGCCUUUGAGACGAAGACGGCCGCAAUCAACGUCACGCCGACGGCGAAUGAGAAGUACGAUAUCAAGGCUAUCAAGGACGAUGCGCAAUGGCUGAGCAAAAAUGCGAAGAUCAGCGAGGUGGCCGCCUUGAGAAUCGUCGCAAUCGAGUUCCAGUCGAGAGCCCAGAGCCACCUCUGUGGCCCUUUGUCGACUCAAGAUGUUGCCAACCUCAAGGACGCCGUUGGGGUGAACGGUGCUCAAGCAACAAACUUCCUGGCGUCCAUCAACAUGUCCAACACCAUGGAUGCGGAGGCUAUCUGGGCCGCAUUCGAGAAGGAGGAAGGCAGGCGGCAGCGUUUGCUAGCCACAUACUUUUCCGAGCGGCGUUACUUCAUGAUGUCGGCUGAAUACGCCUUUGCUUUCAUGGUGAACGGAUCCUCACUCCAGGCAAAGAGUCGGCCCGACAGUCGCGUUGCCGAGUCUCGCGAGUCCUUGAGCGAAGCCAUUCUCGGUACGAAGGACAGUUCUGCUAUCUCGAGCGAAAAACUCGAGAAAGUCAUCUCUACGUAUCUGGCUCAACUCCCUGGGUGCAUCGACCUCUCAGAGGCAGGAAUCCAGGCUGCUGUUGAAGACACACAGCUCGUGACAGACGAUCUAGAACUCGACUGGCUGAGGACGACACUAACAGAAACAGUACACACGAUGUCUCUCAUUUUCCAACUUCUAGACACCUCAGAGCUGUUCGCAUCAGCCGAGAUUGUUUCUCAAUGGUUCCGACUCAUCGACAAGUAUGGAUUCAUGGACCGUCUUCAAUCUCCUCAUGAACGAAUAGCAGAGCUCGUGCAGCCUAUCAAGAGCUUGGUCUGCGUCAUCUCGAUGAAGUUGCUAAACCUCAACAGAGCCAUCCCUUAUCUCGACCGUGACAUUGACCUUCUGGCAAAGGAGGAUACCUACCUGGCCUCUGCAGAUAUUCUGAAGGAGAUACACGACACCAUAAUGGGUGCCGCCAAUCAGAAUCUCAUCACGGCUAGUCCUGUCAUCUUUUCGUGGACAUUGAUCCUUCAUCGCAUGUAUGUCUCCUACCAGGAACGAGCCGAGCGAAGGGAUAUCGCGCAAAAUCGACAGGCCCAGGAAGGCUUUGAGCGAGAAAUUCAGGGCCAAUCCGGCCCCGUGGGUCGACGGCUUUCUGCGGGAAGCAUAGUGUCGCUGGAGUCGCAAUCUUACGACCUGUUUCUGACCGAUUCAUCUAUGCAACAAGAUGUGCAAGUCGUCGAGCAGCUUGCCAUGGAAGUAACAGCAGGUGGCCGAGUAUACGAUAUCAUGGCAGAUAUGGCUCAGACAUUGGGCCAGACACCAGACGCUUGCUUCCGCGCCAGCGUUGGAUCCAGGAUGCGUCUCGUCUUCCUUGAGCUUCUCAAGGCCAGCUAUCCCAUUGUCGGCUAUUUACCUGAACCAGUUUCAACCCUCCUCCCAGUCUUAUCAGGCGGUCAGCAGUAUUGGGAUAUCACACAUGAUGGAACUGCGGACUCCAGUCAGGAUAUUAUCACUCUCGCUUUGAGAGACGAGACAUUCUUGGAAUUUUAUCUGCUUCAGGCAUUGAACCGAUACCCCUACGAAUUCCUUCCCUUUAUCAGCCUUUGCCGAAUACUGUUGACUAGUCAGUCAACCAAUGACGCUACCGAGGUGGUGCUGAGAGCACUACUCAAGACACCCACACUCACAUUUGUCUUGCCCGACGGAUUCCAGGGCUACGAAGAUGUUGAAGGUCCCUGA